AUCAAAAACCGUAAUAAACCAAAUUGCAUUCAUUCGCAUCUACAAUUUUAAUCUAACAAACAUCUAAUUAAAAAUUUCACACAUAUCAAGAACUUUAAUAUAUCGGGCUGACUCGUAUCGGGCCAGCCAAUAGCCUACGGAUUUUAAAGGAUGAUGUCCUACAGCAACCGGCCGGUUUAUGUGAACCCACCACCACUCAAAAAACAUGUCAAAAUACGGUUCACAAUGGCGCAAAACCCUAAACAUCUCCUGCAGAGGAUGACACCGCCGCCGCCUACCACCGACACCUCUUCAGAAAACCCUAAAAUUUCCAUUCCAAUUCAAUCAUCAUCAUCAUCAUCAUUAAGGGUAACGAGAGAUUUACCCAAUUUGUCAGAUUGUCAUGGCUGCGGGGUCCGAAUUAACCAUACGGAUCCCGAUGACCGUCUUCAAACCCUAGGCAGCGUUUGGCGGAUUGUACUUGUUUGUAAGAAGUGCAUCAGGUAUGUUAAUUCCGGCCAAGCAUGCCCUUACUGUUUCAAAGACACGGAUGAUGAUGACUCGGGCUGUUUGAAAUGUAGCAGCAGGUGCAAGAGACUUGUUCAUAAGGACUGUAUUAGUAGGUAUGAGAAUUCUCCGCCUUGGUCUUUUACUUCUAGUGAUCAAAGGGUCAAAUCGGGAAAAUUUGUUUGUAUAGAUUGUUGGGUUCCAAGUUUCUUUAGGGGGAAAUCAAUUGGGGUUUGCAGAAAGAUUGAAAAGUAUGUCUCAAAGACACAAAAUUCUACUAGUGAUUUUAAAUUAAGGAAGGUUGUACUGGCACUGAAAGCGAAGGAUAGCCCUUUGCGAAAAUCUGUGGUGGCGAAAAAUGCAUUGAAAUUUGUUGUGAAGAAAGACAAGAAUAAGGGGUUGCUGAAAACCAGUAGGAUAAGCAAUGAUGAUACCAAUUUGACUGAGGUUGUAAAUGAUGCAGAAUUUGCAUUUCAAUUGCAUCGUUCCAUGAACAGCUCACCGCGAAUUUCAAGAACCUUAUGCCCUAGGAAUUCCAGCUAUGUGGGUGGUCCUGAAAACGUAUCAUGUAAAUUAUUAGAUUUAGGUCAGACUGUUUCGAACUCUACAGGUGAGAGGCUCAAGGUGUACUCUCGUACUAGGUAUAGGGGAAAUAUUGUCCGAACUAGUCCUGAGACCCUACCUUGUGUUAUGGUGUACUCUCGCACAAGGUUGAAAGAAAAAGUUGGACAGACUAGUUCAGAGGCUCCGCCUAGUGUUGCAGUUUACUCUCGCACAAGGUUGAAGGAAAAAGUUGGCAAGGAUAGUUCAGAUGCAUCGCCGUGUGUUAUGGUGUACUCUCGUACAAGGUUGAAGGAAAAAGUUUGUCAGCCUACUUCGGAGGCUCCACCUUGUGUUACAAUGAAUGAGCGUGACCCUUGUGUUGAUUCUGCUCAUUUAAAAGCCGAGUUACUUACGUACAAGCGGAACAGACUAAAGAGGAAAAUGUGCAAAGAAAGGGUUGGUUUAUCUGGCCUUAUUAAAGAGGAGCUCGAUCUUGGUGAUGACUGUAGAGAUCUUUCUGGUCUUAAGGUUUCUCAGCUAGAAGGUUCACAGCAUAACUUGCAUUUGCAGGAUGCUAGCACCUUAGGUCCCUUGAGUUCUGGUGGAGACAAUACUGUUCAGGGCGAGUUUUGCACUAACUAUACUGUUAAGGCUGAAAGUUACAAUACGCAGCAGGACCACUUUUUGUUGAAGUAUAGCAGAAAGAAAAACCGCUCCGCGCCAGGGGCAGAUGUUAAUGAGGAAUCAACACCUGAUCGCAGCAUACCUACAAAUUGGUUCGUGGAAUCCAGGUCAUCAUCAAAUUGCUGACAUUCGAGCUGGUGGUUGUGUAAGUGGUACUUUGACAGAAGUCGGAACUAUACAGGUGUGGUGCUAUCCAUCACAUCAAAUUGAAGUCAAUACACAAAAUUGAAUGGUUAAUAUUUCUUCUGCGAGGAAUUUAUUUGAUAAGGUACUGCUUUACAAGGAAAUGAAGUCAGUUGUCUCCAUCUCUAGUAAAAUAUCUUCACCCUAGUAUUGGGGUGAUGCCGUCAUCAAGUUCAGAAUCCAAGAAUGAAAAAGGAGCUUCCUAGAGAGAUGCAAAUAAAAGCUGACUUGUCAAAAGAAAUCUUUCAUCAUACUUAUCUGUGCCCCUUGGACCAAAUAGAAACUUGUAGCAGUUUGAAACAUGAUCUACACCCGUGAAUAAAUACCGGAUAUCACAUACUGUACUAUAAUGAAGUCGGAGAUGGUUUAAGUUGCCAUUUCUCAAAAAAAUGAAGGCGGAGAUAGUUUUAUGAAGUGUACAUUCUGGGUAACUCUAUGCUGCCCUUAAAUCUUACCACGCAAUAUUGGUUUUGUAAAUCCCUUAUUUUGGACCCUAAUGCAACAUGUCGUUGCCAGCAAAUCUGAAACUUAGUGUGCAGAGAAUGUAGUCAACUAUUUGCUUCAAUGUACUUGAUCAAAUACACAUGCUGAUAAUUUAUUUAUCAUAAUGCUACAGUUUUAAUAUUACAAUUUUGAAUGGA